UGCGCGGAGCAGCGCGGCGAUGCGUCAUCUCCGUCCUCCGAGCCUGCACCUUGAGCAAAACUUCAAUUCCGCGCGCACAAAGUAGUUCGAGAAACUUCCUGUGUGCUCAGCCAGCCAUGUCCUCCGAGCUGCAACUUUGGGGAGUUGACAUAUGCGAGGAAGAUUUGGCCGGGGCGGACGCCUUCUCCGGCUUCCAGCGGUGGAUCGGUCCGGCCGGCUCCCCCGGUGGCUCGCGGUCGGCGUCACCCACGCCGCCGCCGCCUCCUCCUCCUCCUCCGGCCAAUGACAGCGGCGACGACGCGGCCACCCCGAGGACGUCCAUCGUCGACUGCCUGCUGGUGGAGCUGUACGACACGUACAGCACCAAGAGGAACGUGGACAGCUGGGACAGCUCCACCGAGGCGUCCGGCCCGGAUGCCUUCCAGGGCCGCUGCAACGCCGGCUCCGGCUUCCUGCAGGAGCUCCAGGAGAAACACACCAGGCGCCACCAGGUCAACUAUUUGGCCCGCAAAGAGCCCGAAGAGCUCCGCGCCAUCAUCCAGGAGGUCAAGUACCGCACGAGCAUCCAGUCGGCCAAGCUGAUUCGCCAGCUGAGGCGGCGGGACCGAUUGGUGAACAAACUGCAGAAGAACUACGACAUCAUCACCGCCUGCCUUCAAGCCGUCUCCAAGAAACGACGAGUGGACACGAGGCUGAAGUUCACCAUUGAACCGUCUGUUGGGAAGAACGGAUUCCAGCAGUGGUACGACGCCCUGAAAGCCGUGGCCAGACUUCCCACCGGCGUCCCCAAAGAAUGGAGGAAGCGGGUGUGGCUGACGCUGGCCGACCAAUACCUCCACAGCAUCUCCAUCGACUGGGACAAGACGCUCCGUUUCGCCUUCAAUGAGCGCAGCAACCCGGACGACGACUCGCUGGGCAUCCAGAUCGUCAAGGACCUGCACAGAACGGGUUGCAGUUCCUACUGCGGCCAGGAGGGGGAGCAGGACAGGGUGGUCCUGAAGCGGGUUCUGCUGGCCUACGCCCGCUGGAACAAGGCGGUGGGCUACUGCCAAGGCUUCAACGUGCUGGCCGCGCUCAUCCUGCUGGUGACGCAGGGAGACGAGAGCGACGCGCUGAAGGUUAUGAUCUACCUGAUUGACAAAGUGCUGCCUGAGAGCUACUUUGCCAACAACCUCCGGGCACUGUCAGUGGACAUGGCGGUGUUCCGAGACCUGCUGCGCGUCAAGCUUCCCCGCCUGUCCCAACACCUGCACCACCUGCAGAAGGCGGCCAAUAAGGAGGCGGGAGGCAGCUACGAGCCGCCGCUGACCAACGUGUUCACCAUGCAGUGGUUCCUCACCAUGUUCGCCACGUGCUUGCCGGCGCCCACCGUGCUCAAGAUUUGGGACUCGGUGUUCUUCGAGGGCUCCGAGGUGCUCUUCCGCGUGGCCCUCGCCAUCUGGGAGAGGCUGGGAGAGAGGAUUUUGUAUUGCCAGACGGCCGACGAGUUCUAUAGCACGAUGGGUCGUCUGACUCAGGAGAUGCUGGACCGCAACCUCAUCGAUCCUCCUGACCUCAUCCAGGAGGUUUACGGCAUGGCGGUGUUUCCGUUCCCUCAGCUGGCCGAGCUGAGGGAGAAAUACACGUACAACAUCACGCCUUUCCCUACCUCGGUCAAGCCCGCUGCAAGCGGCUGGGAGAGCGACGACGAGACGGCGGAGUUGGACGAUGAGGACGCGGUCAUGUCGGCGCUCGGCUGUUUGGGCCCGCUGGGGGGGCUGCUGGCGCCGGAGAUCCAGCGGUACCAAAGGCACCUCAAAGACCAGCGGGCCGAGCAGGGCGACAUCGCCGAGCUGAGUCCGGGCGCGGUGGGGGGAGGAGCCAGGGCGGAACACCAGGCGGCCAUCAACGGCAUGAUGAUGGAGCGCAUGAGCACCGACAUCCAGGCGCUCACCAAGCAGUACGCUCGCAUCAAGAGACGGCAGCAGCAGCAGGCCACGCAGCUUUGCAUACGCGCAGACAAGUGCGCCGCCACCCGCGUCCUGGCGUCCCAACUCAACCCUUCCAGCAGCGCCAUCAAUCAUCUGCUUCUGGGUCGGAAGCCCCGCGGCGCUUCCAGCAGCGUCGGCUCCGCCCCGCCGGGGGCCCGCGCCUCCGCCCCGUCCCGCGCUCGGGGCUCUCCGGCCAGGGGCUCUCCGUGGCGGGCUCACGUGCGAGCUCAUCGCAGGCACGCCGCCCGGGCCGGACCGAACUUCGGAGAUCAAGAGCCGACGCGUGCGCAGAACGGCGAGACGGAAGACGGCGUCGGUGGCGGCCUCUCCUCCGAGUGCGUGCGGGCGGCGUGCGCCGCUGCCCCAGAGAGCGUUGCCGCACAGGUGGAAGACUUGGAGGCCCGAUUUGGCUCGGUGGUCCUGCAGGACGAAGCUCAAAAGCUGACUUUGGACGCCGCGCCCGCCCAACUUCCAUCGUUGAUCGCGCGGGACGACUCGUCGAGUUCCGAGGGCACCGACAGACAUUUCUCCGCCCGCCUCCCCUUUUCUUCACCUUCCGCUCCGAGUCCGCCACCUUCUCCGGUUUCCACGGUGACGCCCGAGCCGUCGUCAUCCCCCACGCCGCCUUCCACGCCGCCGCCCAAAUCCGCUCACCCGGUUGGGGGCUUCCGCAAAGCCUCCUCGCCGUCCCUCUCUUCCAUGGGGUCCUCGACUCGAUCUUUGGCGCCGAUCUUCUCGCCCGCGGCGAAGCCGCAAGUCUUCUCGCCGUUCCCGUCCGUCAAGCCGCCCAGGAAGUCGGCGGCCGCCCGUAACCUGGGUCUGUACGGCCCCACCUCCAGGACGCCGGCCGUCUGCUUCCCCCAGCUGAGCCGCAACUGUAGCGGCGGCGCCGGCGCCACCAGGAGGCGCUGACGACUUUUGGCCGCCGGCCGUCCGGCCUCCUGGCGAAGAAAAGUUGAUCCCGGGAGAGAGCGGAAACGAGAGCCUUUCCUUUGCGCGUCCACCCGGGCCGAGAAGCGAAACUCCGACCGCCGCGCUGAAGCCGUCGACUUGUUUCUAUGCCAAGACAACGCAUCGAUGUUCCAGACGCACGUCGAACCAAAAGCCGUCGGCUUGCAUCGCGACCGACUGUUCGCCGCCACCCGCAACGGAAACACAAAUAAACAAAUGACACCGA